AUGACGAAAGAUUUAAUCGGCGCUCUCCGGGCGGCUCAACCUGAAGAUGCUAACGAGUUGCCCGACACAUCUUUACCCCUAGAUGGGUCACAGUAUAUGAAUGAUUUCUUUUCUCAAGUUGAGGAAAUACGGAAUCUGAUAGAACGCGUGCAGUCACUAGUUGACGAUGUGAAGAACAAACAUAGUGAUAUUCUUUCAUCUCCUAAUCAAGAUGAGGCUACCAAGGCUCAGCUUGAAGAUGCCAUGGCAGAAAUCAAAACAAUUGCCCACAAAGUACGAGCGAAACUGAAACAAAUGGAAAUGAAUAUUGAGUAUGAUGAGAACUCCGACAAGACCUCGGCGGACCUACGUAUUAGAAAAACACAAUAUUCCACAAUUUCGCGAAACUUUAUCGAAGUUAUGACUGAUUACAAUAAGGCCCAAGUGGCAUUUCGGGAUGCUUGCAAGAAUCGAAUUAAAAGGCAAAUGGAAAUAGCCGAAAGGAAAAUUUCCAACGAAGAGCUAGAGGAUAUGUUGGAAUCUGGAAAUCCCGCAAUUUUUACACAAGAAAUCAUGACAGAUACACAGCAAGCUAAGCAGUCGCUAGCAGAUAUUGAAGCUCGACAUCAAGAUAUCAUGAAACUUGAAAAGAGUAUAAAAGAGUUACACGAUAUGUUCAUGGACAUGGCAAUGCUUGUUGAAAGUCAGGGUGAAAUGAUUGACCGAAUUGAAUACAACGUGGAACAGGCUGUAGACUACAUAGAAAGUGCCAAAGCUGACACUAAGAAAGCCGUCAAAUACCAAAGUUCAGCCCGAAAGAAAAUGAUAAUCAUCGGUAUUUGUGUAGCCAUCCUUAUUUGUAUUAUUGUCGGUACAAUUGUUGGAAUGGUGCCGGGAAUGUAG